GGUUCCUCAUCCGGCGCUUUUUGUGCCGUUUGAGCCGAAGCUGUGAGGAAACUACAAGGGUUUCGCUCCCCAGCGUAAAACUUGCGGUCAAUUAAAAACUCGGCGUUAGUUCUGCUUCCAUAGUUUUCAGUCGCAGCCGAAGCGUUUUUUUCUGGGUCAGUACCCCAGCGCGCCGUUAGGGGGCGCUGCUGUAAUUUCAGCCCAACGCGCAGGCGGAACACGACGUGGCAAGUAAACAGUUCACUUCCUGUAUUCGGGGCCGUAUUUACAUUCUCACUUCUGGCUGACGUCUGUCAACCCGGACCUCACUCGGACUGUGCGGUAGCGUUCGUUUCGCCGCUCGGUGAGGGCGAGGAGGCUGCAUGAGGAGCCGGCCGUAGGCGGGCUCGGCAGCCGGACCGGACAGAUGGCGGCGGGGCUGCUCGUGGUGCUCGUCGCGGGGCUGCUGGAGGUCUGCGGCGGCGUGUCGGCGAACCGAGGCGGGCAUCCGUCCUACACGGACGAGAUCCCGUUCAAGAUCACCUGGCCGGGGGACGAGGUCACGCUGCCGACUUCUGGUGGGCUUUACAGCGAAGAUGACUUCGUCAUCAUGACCACGGCGGAGAAGGAGAAGUACAAAUGCCUCCUGCCGUCGCUGACGUCUGGAGAGGAGGAUGACAGUAAAGUGUACACGGGACCCAGUCCAGGUGAACUGCUGGAACCACUAUUCAAACGAAGCAGCUGCUCCUACAGGAUUGAGUCUUACUGGACGUAUGAGGUGUGCCACGGAAAGCACAUAAGGCAGUAUCACGAGGAGAAGGAGACCGGCCAGAAGAUCAGUGUUCAGGAGUACUAUCUGGGCGAUGCGACACAGAGGAGCCAAUCUGCAGAGUCAGGUGACAAAGCUGAAGAAGAGACAGAAGAAAAAUCAUCAUCUGAAACAGAAGUGCCCACUAAGAACAUCGAAGGCCAGCUCACGCCCUACUACUCUCUGGAGAUGGGCAAUGGGACGCCCUGCGUGCUGAAGCAGAACCAGGCUCGCUCCACGGCUGUGCUGUACGUCUGUCACCCGGAGGCCAAGCACGAGAUCCUGUCGGUUGCAGAGGUCACCACCUGUGAGUACGAGGUGGUGGUGCUGACGCCGUUGCUGUGCGCUCACCCCAAAUACAGGUUCAAGUCGUCCCCAGUGAACACCAUCUUCUGUCAGGCUCUGGCCGGCUCUCCUCUUCGGCCUCAGCGUCUCGCCCAGUUGGACAAGGAGCGAGAGGAGCAGCUCAGGCCCCCUUUCAGCAGCUCCUCUGAGACGAAAGAGGAGGAUGUAUCGCCGGUGAGAGAGGAGGCCUUCACUUCCACUCAUAAACCCAUGACCGUAGGAGGCCAGUCUCAGAUCACUGUUGGCACCACUCACAUCUCUCGCUUGACGGAUGAGCAGCUGAUCAAGGAGUUCCUCAGUGGCUCCUACUGUCUGCAUGGGGGCGUAGGGUGGUGGAAGUACGAGUUCUGUUACGGGAAGCACGUCCAUCAGUACCAUGAGGAUAAAGAACAAGGGAAGAACAUCGUGGUGGUGGGGAGCUGGAAUGCCGAGGAGCACAGCGAGUGGGCCAAGAAGAACGUGGCCCGAUCCUACCAGCUCAAAGACGACGGAGUGCAGAAAGUCAAGCUGGUUUCCCACUUUUAUGGCCACGGGGAUCUGUGCGAUCUGACGGGAAAGCCCAGACAAGUCAUCGUCAAGCUCAAAUGCAAGGAGUCUGAGUCUCCCCAUGCCGUCACUGUCUAUAUGCUGGAGCCUCAGACGUGUCAGUACAUCCUUGGGGUUGAGUCUCCGGUCAUAUGCAGGGUUUUAGACACUGCCGACGAACAUGGACUUCUGUCAAUCUCCAGCUAAAGAGCAUCAGUCAGCAACAGUCCAUCAAUGACAGAGAGAGAGAGAGAUGUAAACACUUAAUAAAGCAACAGCCUGUUCAACGGAGGAGGAGCGGUGACUCUGCGAUGAGAGUCAAAGUCUGGAUUGUGUGGCGCUCAGGUGUUAGUCCUGCACCUUGGAUUGAACAUCAGGGCAGUUCUACGUGACGGUCCAAUGCAGCAGGAUAGUGAAAACGAAGCUGACGUCUCUCUCUCUAACAGGCAGAGAAUCUACUGCCCGUACUUCAUAUCUGUGCUUCACUUUGUUUUGAUUAAAAGAGUGAUGAAUCAGGGGAUUCAGAGUCAUCUGGGGAGGCAACGAUUGUCAUGGGAAUUUUUAAGGCGGGCGCGUCUGUAAUAAAUGGCCGGAUCGUGGACUGUGAAAUUUUAGUAGUAAACAUGAGUAAAAGGUUUUGCAGCUGUGAGAAUGUGCGCUGUGUUAAUUGGCGGGACGAGUGAGUGUAAUUUAUGCAUUAGAGAGUGACGUGGUGUGACACCAAAUGUUGGCAAAAGCACCAGACAGGUCUGUGGGUUCCUAUUAGGGGUAUUCUGUGGUUUUCUGAAACGCACCCUGGCAUCCUGAUCACUGCUGUAGCACAGGGACUCAAAGCAAUGCAGCUGCAGAAAAGAAUAAAAACAUGAAAACCUCGA